AGUACCAAAAAUACAAGCGCAACCGGCUCAACAAGCGGUCAUUGCAGAGCGUAUCGGGGUAAAACAACGUAAAGUUCCCAAAGAGCACUAAUCGCAUUAAAAUGUAUCUCAGUUCGCGCAUGACAGCAUUGUUUCUACAGGGAGGUUGAGAUGUUCAACACGCCCGUUCUACGCCUUAUAAAUACACAUUUGGUUCUAUUUUUUUCUUUUUCUGUUGCGAAUAUAUAAAAAAUCUGCCUAUAUUCGUUUAUCAAAUAUUCACGUUGUGUUUUUUCUAAAUAAUGGUAGCGAUUAACAUUGAGUUAGAGAAAAGAAAGUCAUUGCAUGUUGUUUCCUUUGCGAAUCGUGGCUGAUCCGCCAUAAUUGCCACGUCUUAAAAGACAGAAACAACAACUACUGCUACAUAAGAGGAGAACACAAAACUGACAAAGAGAAGCAGAAAUCGACGCUGCUUAUAAACUGCUAUUUUAUUCACAGUUUUACCUUUUAGAAGUUCGUUUUCCUGAAGUCAUUAUUUGUGCGUAGAGCCACCUGAUUCUUGGAACAUCCCCCAUUGUGGGUGCAUGCCAUGUUUUGAAGGCUUAUCAUCAUCAUCAUCAACCUCCUCACGUGAGCACGAGCGCAUUUCGUUCCUCGGCCUACCAACGCCCAUCAGGGUUGGCCUCGAAAGCACAAUCUCCUUUCAAGUGCAUCAGCAGUGCAGAAUGCACGUCAUCAAGUUGUACUUCAUCGUGGCGCCGUGCCUUUUCGUGGCUUUCCAGGCAACGACGUUGUUGUCGCCAUUGCUGGAGCAGGUCGGCAUUGUCACAGCCACGCUGGUCCUGGGAUGGUGGCUCAGCCUAUCCAUCAAGAGCCUGCGGAGGUCCAAGCGCAAGCCGCAGCAAUCGUAGACUCGCCGUCAUUGUCGCAAGCUGCGACAGUGAGCAUGGAUUUCUGACGGCGUCCAAGCUGUCUAGCGACGGCUACUACGUGCUGUGCGGCUCCCAGGACAUGGGUGGCGAGAUGGCCAAAGGCAUAAGGCGCUUCAAUGUCGAUAUCAUCGAGUUGCAACCGUCCAGCGAGAGCUCGAUGAACGACGCCUACCAGGAGAUCUGCGAGCAACUCUUCAAGAAAAACACGCCACUUCACGCGCUCGUCUGCAACGUUGGCACCACCGAUCUCGGAGAACUCGAAUGGAUCAGCGAGCGAAACCUUCUGCGCGCCUUCGAACAGACGGUGGUGUCCACAGCGAGGCUGGUCAACCGCUUCUUGCCUAUGCUUCGCGAGACUCGCGGAAGGAUUGUCGUCUGUGCUGGAACUUCCGGACUCCCCUAAGCCAGCUCCACUCUGCGGGCAUCGCCGUCAAGGAGACGCUGAGCUGCGUGAGCCGGGACGUGUUCGACGACUACUCGCUGGGUUACGUGAACGCUUUCCGCACACUGUGGAACUGCCACACCACCCGCUGGUACGUGGGACCGCCCGACGUGUUGGCGAGCUGCACCUGCCUCGCCGUCACCGAUGUCACGCCUGAGUGCGUCUAUUCGUGCGGCUACCCCGCGGAGCGCACCGUCAACGCCGUGCUCACCUACAUGCCCGCGCAAUUUGUCGACCUGGUGCAGUGCUUCC